AUGUCUUCGGAGCCACAGGACCUUUGCAAGAUCCCGGCUGCUGUAUCUCCCGAUGGCGUGUACAAUUUCGAGAAUCCAGUUACCCUGGAGCCUGAUUUAAUUGCAGCUAGUGCUAUUAUGACUGCAGUAGCUACUCUCUUCCUUGCGGGAAGAUUGAGACACAACCUCCACAGCUUUGGAUGGUCAGAUGCCUUUGCCGUCCUCGGUUACUUGGCUUCGCUUGCAUAUACGAUCAAUAACUUGCUCAUGCUGAGGUUUGCUCGUCAUUUAUGGGAUGUGCCAUUGUGUUUAUUUAACGUUGACUAUGUCAAGCAAAUUUACGUCGAGGAAACCAUGAAUCAAGUCGCACGUUUCUUUACCAAGGGCUCAAUCCUGAUAUUGUACCUACAGCUUUUCAGCAAUAUCCGAUGGCUCCGCGUGGCUGUCGCUGUUGGCCUCGUCUUUGACUUCUUACUGUACGGCUCCAUGGUGGCCGUCUUCCUUUACUUUGGUGUCCCACACGGCAACGAGGUCUGGGAAGACCUCCUCACCAACGGCAUGGGCCAGCACCUCGCUCCCACGGGUGUCGUUCAGGGGCCCUGCACAGUCUUGCUGGAUCUGUACAUUUUCGUUCUGCCGCUUCCCAUCCUCUGGGGACUCCAAAUGACCUUCAAAAAGCGGCUGCGGAUUGCGGCUGUCUUUGCUACAGGAUUGUUCAUCGUGGAAAACAACGUCGCCAUUGCUGUCAGCUCGACGCCGGCGUUCGUCGCCUUCACAAGAGUCUACAUAGUCGACACCGCGGUUUUCCACUCCUUGACUUCUCUCAUCUCCAGGGGACGUCGAGGCGGCAGCACCAGUGGCGGGGAGCAUCCGUACUCCCAAAAGCCUGCGUCGAUUAUAACGUGGGGAAGAAGGACGUCAGCCAAGCCCUCAGGGAGUGUGGCCAGCGCUGGUGUAGGCGGCGUACGCAAGCAGAAGUUUGAUACCACGCAGCCAUGGUACUAUGAGCUCAGUGAUACAGCACUCAACAUGAGCGUUUCCGCAUCCAGGAUGGGCACCAUAACAGAUUCAGAAGCACCAGGCAUCACAAGGACGACGGCAAUCAAGCAAGUUUUGACGUGA